AGAAUGACCCCGUGGCUGGGGCUUCUGUGGCUGGGUGAGGGUCCCUCCGGAGGGGUUUCAGCGCCGGGAUGGGACCUGAUCUUCGGGCAGGGCGAGGGAGGCGGCAUCAGGAGUGUUAAAGCAGAUGGGAGUGUAUUUUUAUGUCUGUAUUUAUAUAUAUGUACAUCACUGUAGGUUCUGCCAGCAAGGCGAGCAAGCUUUCCCUUUUAAAGGCUCCUCCAGCACCGUUUCUGUCUAAAUAUUUACCUUCUAAAACCUUGGACUAACCACGCUGGGGUCUGUGGGCAGAGCCGGGCACUGGCGUGCAAACCCUGCGAGCCAAGUGCCAUCACAGUUUCUGUCUGUGGAGAGAGCUGCUGAUAACUGCCAGGGUGGUGGAGUUCAUAAAAAACCAGAAUAACACAUGGGUUCCUCGUUCAAAGGCCUCUCUCUAGAGGCUUUGCAAAGGAUGAGCUCUGCUCAGUGUCUGUGGUGGCAAAGAGGGUACAGUAGCCUGUUGUUACUGCUUUAUUGAUUGUAUCGGAGGGAUAGGAAGGGAAAUAAUGGGUUGUUAUUUGUUUUUAAGGCCUCAUCUGUUCUCCCAACAAUGUGGGAGCAUAAUGCCUUAUUUCCUAGCUGGAGGAUUGAGUUACUCUUGUAUUUGUCAAGGAGCUGGAUUGGGUUUUCAGUGUCUGUGAUUUACAGGGGUUGUCUACAAAGGUGUUUGCUCAGAGUGGAAUGUAAAUGGAGAGGGAUGGGAACUGGGAUAUAUAGUAAUGUUGUAUUUUAGCAGGAUUUUUCUGUUGUUUGGAAAAGGGGAAACCACAGUGUUUGACAGCAUUUCUGUGAGGAUGUUUGUUAUAAGUGGUUCCAGGCAGAUCGUGCAAGCAGAAGCUUGUUGAAUCUGCUGGAAUUCUGCACGGGACAGCUUCAUGGAGGAAAGCUUUGGCACUUGGGAGCCAGAGGACACUAGAUAAUCUUUCAGACCACUUAGCACACCACUUACAGUGGCCAGGCAACUAGAAUAACCAGAAAAGCUGGAGGGGAAAAAAAAAAGGCCUUUAAUAUCCUGCAGAUGUGCUGGCUCUUGCUUGUUCCAUGAAUCAGGGUAUUGCAUGAAUGAAGGAGCUAGGAAAGCAAUGCCUUGUUUUUAUUAUCACGUGCAUGGCAGGUUCUUUACAGAUGAGAAGAAAAAGUCCUUGUAUUGGAGAGGUUAAUAUGAGAUAUUAUUGACCAACCUGCUUUGCUUGCCCAUGGGGCUGCUCAGGUGGCAAGAUCUGGGACAAAUAUUUGCAUGGAACACAAGCAAUGUCGAUAGAAGAGGGCCAGGAACUAAUUAACCUAGCAAUGCAGUGCAGUGUGUUCUCAGGGCUGGGUUUUGAUUUGGCGUUUUUACCUUUUUGGUGUUUCUGUGGCUGUGGCUAGAAAUUUGACCCUGAUGUUAAUAUAACAUCUGACAUUAACUGCUGGAGUUGAAUGCUUAGGCAGCUGCUGACCAAACAAAUUGGGGUUAUUUUUCAGCCAGAUAAUUUCCCUGAACUGAUGCUCCAUGUGACCACAUAAACAAGUGUGCAAGGGCAGAACAGGGGGGAUCUUGUGGGGAGAGAAGCAAUUGCUGAAGCUGGUACUCCUGUGAAACCUGGGGUUUUUGAAAAUACACCCCAGUGUUGCAUUAAAAAGAAGAUAUUCAGAUUGCCCUUGCUUGAGUUGUGACUCGUGAUCCCCGUGAUUUGGGGGGAGACAUGUCGGCCAGUUCUUUAAAAGCAAAUCAGAGCUCAGAUCUGAACUUUAUAAUGUCUCUGGUUCUAUCCAUACAUAGAGUUAUGACUGAUUUGUGCUGUGGGAGCAGCCAGAGCAAAUUACAGCUGAGCAAAUCUCAGUUUAGGUUGCUCAGGGCUGGUCAGUGUGUGCUCAGAUGGGCAGAGCAACUCAGCUUUCCCAGGCAGGCUGUGCUGGAAGGUGUGUGCAGAGCCCUGUGAAUAGUUACAGUUCUCACAGUGCAGGGACAGAAUUUGGGGUGAAAAGUGGUGAAUUGGGUGGAGCGGAUUCAUGAGGCAGGAAACUGUAGAGCAAAAUGGGGACAAGGGCGUGAUUUCAAUUUUCAGCAGUGAUUAUCCAUCAUGCUUCUAGUGGUUUUAUGUGAUGAUUCUCAGGGCAGAGCAGUGCUGAACUCUCUCCCAGCUGGCCCAGUUUGAUCAGGUUAGUGUUACCCAGCUCAGAAACAAGAGGCAAAGCAAAACUCUACAGAUUCUGCCUUUCCCCCAGGCACUGCCAGUGUUUCUCCCAGGCAUAGGGAAAAAUUUUUACAAUACGAUUCUCACAUUGGCAGCUUGUAGCUAGUCCAGCAAUUUCUUUGCAUCUUUUCUUGAGCCCAUCAGCUGCUCUCAAAAAGGCCUUUGUGGCAGAGGGAAAGUGGUAGAGGAAUAUACUUUUUUUUUAUUCCAACUUUAUGUUGAUCUCUCAUGGGUGUGUUCUUAUAAGUGAGAAAUAAUUUACUGUCAGAUGCCAUUUUGUCACCCAGCACAAUGCAGUUCUUGCUGGGAUAUUUAUUUCUGUGGCAUCUCUGACCUGCAGGCAGGCUUGGAGAAGGAGCUGGGGGCUUUGUUGCCUGCAGAGCUGCUAUUACUCAAUAAUCACUUGGCCUGGACACGAGCUUGCGAAAAUUUAAACAAAUUGUAAACUGCCAAACUUUGCCCCACACAUUCUGCUUGUUUCUCUGUCCUGUCCCUAUUGCUGACGGGGGAUUUGAUGAAAACAAAUCUGGGUUAAAAUGAUAGCGCGGGAGGGCUUAGCGGGGCUGCUGCGUGUGAUGAUCAGCUUUGUAUUGUUGGCUUUUGUACUUGGUGAGCAAUUGCUUUACAGGAUGGAUUCAUUUGGAAGAGAUGAAUAAAUGGAGUUCCAUUGAUUUCUGGGAAGCUUUGUUCAUUUCCAUAAGCUGCGAAUCUCAGCCGGUUCUGCUCUUGUCAGGAAAUUUCACGGCUUCUUUGAGUCAGCGGGAGAUCCUGAGCCAGCAGAGACUGUUAGGAGUGCAGCUCAGUGUUGUGCUGUUGGCUGGGAGCAGGGAUUUCUCCUCUGAGGCCAUGGAGCUUUCUGCCAACGAGCUCAGCAUCUAUGACAAGCUCUCAGAGACCAUUGAUCUGGUGAGGCAGACUGGCCACCAGUGUGGCAUGUCAGAAAAAGCCAUUGAGAAGUUCAUCAAGCAACUCUUAGAAAGAAAUGAGCCUCAGAGGGGCCCUCCACGGUACCCUGUCUUAGUGGCUCUGUACAAGGGUCUGCUCACUCUGGGCUUGGUGUUGCUGACUGUGUACUUGGUGAUCCAGCCCUACAACCCACUGCCUCCCGAGGCGCCGCUCUCCAGAGCCCAGGCCUGGGGCUCCCUCGUCGGCCACAUCCGCCUGCUGUCCCUGCCCAUUGCCAAGAAGUACAAGCUGGAGAAAUGCCAGGACUGGUGGGCAGCAGGUUGCAGACAGAACACUUCUGCACUUCCUGCAAACUGCACAGUCUGUUCUGCUGUGAAAAGCCUUCAGAUAGUGACAGACUUGACAGAGCUAUCAGAAAAGCUCCAGAGGCAUCAGCCUUUUCUAAUCAAGACAGGGCAGCAUCUCUCCUAUGAAGAGCUGAAGCAUUUUCAGUCCCAGGAUCCAGAACUGGCAGAGGUUAUAAUAGAAGAAAAUUCAGCUGAAUUAUGGAGCUGCCCAUUUUUCUUUCCCUGGAGCAAGUCUGUGAAUAAAUCUCGGAUUCUGCAGGAAUUUCUCCACGCUUCCUCUUUGCAGUCCUUCCUCAUCCGCCAUCCAGACUUGGGGAAUAAGAGCUACAGCCUGCACAGCCUGUUUGCUGUUGGGAGUGGGCAACUCACCCUGACUGUUGCACCUCUGGACACGUGCAGAGGACACUGUGAGGUGUUCAAGGUGGAGCUGGAAGCUGGAGAUUUGGGUUAUGCCAGCACAGAUCACUGGACAACGAGCUUCAUGGCCAGAGGGACAGAGCCAGCAGUGAUUUGUGAUGGAGCUGCCAGCUAAGGAUGGUGGGGUGUGAAAACAGAGCUGUUCCCAGGACAAGAAGACUUUCAUCUUUGAAGCCAAGGCAACGUCUUGAGAGGAGCGAGCCGGGGCAACUGGGGCAGGCAGCUUUGCCACCCUGCAUGUUUACAGUGUUUAAAAAUGACUAUUUUCCUGACCCUUGAGGUAAUCCUUUGCCUUUCCUCAAAUGUAUUUUGGGAGAAGCUCAAGCUAUUUAUGACCCUCCCUGUCCCCUCAGGUAAGCCCUGGGUUUUCAGCAAAGGGUUUUUUCUCCAGGAGCAGCAGAUGGAUUUCUCAGGAUGAGAUUCACCUUGUGUUCUUUGUGGAUUAUGGCACUUCUGAAACUUCCUGGGGGGUUUGGGAGUGGAUGGGGUGUGUGACAUUUCUGUGUACAUUCCUCCUGAGGAGGAAGCUUUGAGCCUGUGUAGUCAGGCCAGUUCUAUAAAGGGAAUGAAUUGGUGAUGUGUCCCAGCUCUCCCUCACGUCCGCAGUGUGUGAGUCCUGCAGAGCUGAUCUUGGCUCCUGCUCCUGGGCUGGGGAGAGCCUUGAGCCUGAGGGCAGAAGCUCUCACCCACUUUAUCCUUUUUGUACCAAAAGAAUCCCUUCAGGCCUCUCUGUGUUGUGAUCACCCUUCUGCAGCUCUGUCAGCAGGUUGUGAGUGAGUCAAAUGGUAAUUGUGCUUUUCUUCACCUCCACUUCCUUUCCUGCAAAAAGACCAACAUGUGUUAGUGUGGUGCUGGCAGUGCAGGAGUUCUGGAUGGAGCUGGGGCUGGGAGAGAGCAGCUCUGUCCAACUUUCACCUCACACACGAAGGGCUGCACAGCCAUUCUCAGCUGCUCCUUGUUUUGGAGGCACUGCCUGCGUUCCCAGCCCACUGUACCUCUGGGAGCACCUGAAACCUCCCUCUUCCCUGGCAUAUUUUUGCAUUGACUCGUUCCAGAUCUGGAACUCUGUCUUCAGAAUGAACAUUGGUUUUUCCUGGGUCCUUUCCAAGCUGCCUUUGUGUGUUUCCUGCUGCUGGAGCAGUGCUGUCUGCAGUGCCCUGAGCGGGGCUCGGGUUCGGUGCUCGCAGGCUCCGGUCCCUUCCAAGUCUGAUCCCACUGCUGAAGAUCAUUCACAGAUGUGUCAGGCUGAACUCAUAGGCCAGGGCUGGAGUUCAGGACAUACUCUCACACUUGUUAAUAUGGAGUUGGGAGGGGUUUUGGUUGACAGUGAGUUAACUCUGUUCUCAGGAGCAGGAGCCUUUUUCUCUGUAAAUAUUUUAGGUACGUGUAAAAUGACAGACUGGGAAAAUGUCUGUCCAGCCUUUGUUUUUGAGGAGAGUGGGAGCAAACAUUGUGCUAAUCUGAUUAGGAGCUGACAAAAGCUGCCAAGUUGGGAUGACCACGUCUGGCUCCUGUACAAGAAUAAGGCAGAGGACACUUCCUGCUCCAAAGAAUUAAGUCUGAGGCCUUGACACUACAAACAUUUCUAUGCAUAACCCUUGUUUUUCUCCUGUCAAAACAAUAAGAACAAGCCCAGCACCUGUGUCAGUCUGUGCAUGGCCCUUGGAGCUGGACACACACCAGAUCUAGUCGAACCAAAGGGGGAGAGUCUGACUCUCUCAGGAUAGGAAAGGACUAAUAUAAUUUGUUUCAAAGUAUUAAAGGGAAUUGGACUAAUAAAACUUCCAUUAGUAUUCUCACUGCUUGGAGUGUAUUUCACACUCAUGACACUACAUUCAAUCUUGUAUAUGCCAAGACACACAUACACACACAGCACUCUCUUCCCUCCUCUUAAAGCCUGGGUCUUAGUUAAUGGAAAUUUGGGAUUUCAGUGAUGGCAGAAUUAGGGCCUCAUUAGUGACUGUUGCUAUUUACACUUUGGCAGCUUCUCAAAUCAAAUUCAAAGGCUGACAAGGUUCCUUCACCUCUUACUGGUUUUGUAUGUGACCCGUUUUUGUAAAGCAUUUGCUCAAAGAUGCUGCUGGAGCCAUUCUUGCUGAGAUUGUGGUUGGUGACACUGUCACUGCUAAGUGUCCUUGACUGUAACUUGUAAAAGAGCUGCGGAGACAAUUCCCAAGUGUCUAUGAAAUGCCUGGAUUUGGAGAGUCACACUUAAGCCAUUGUGGCUGUCUGGCUCUUUGGGGAAGAAGCAGAGAAAAUGGAUCUAUUUACAGUUGCUGUUUGGGCUGGGAGGAGGAGGGGGAGGAAGGGGCAGGUUUGUGCCUGUUUAGCAGAAGUGUUCUCACGUAGUGCUUCUCCCUUCCUCGAAGAGUUGCAGCUGGUUGGACAGGAGCUGCUGAGUCUGGCCUGUUUGCAGAGCAGCUUUCCAAGUGCACUUUAUGGGCUCUGCACAAGUUUCCAGCUCUGUCUCAGCAAUACAUUGCAUAUGUCCCAACCUCGCUCCCUUCGGAGUUUACAUCAUUUGUUUUCAAGCUCUCUGGUAUAUUUUCUCUUCCUCUUCCAAAAGCUGUAAGGAAUUAGCUGCUAAACUAAAACAGGAGGGCAGUUCUCCUGCUGAUAGAGGGCUGAUUUUGGCUGAAGUGCAGAGCCCCAGUCUGCAGCACAGCUUCCAGAGCAGCUCCUGUCUCCAGCUGCCAGAGGAGUGGUGCUCACACCUUCCACAUCCCAGGGUGGGAAACCUGGAGGUGAGGCCACAAUGGCAAAACUGGGAUGGCCAAAGAGAGGUUUUGAUACCUUUACUGGAAUUAAGCCCUGGUCAUCUUCCACAUCCAGAGCUCCAGCUUCAGAGUCCCUGGAAAGGCUGCAGGACUUCCCUAGAGAACCUGGUGAGGUGGAACUGGGGGGAACAGGGCUGUUCCUGCAGCUAUUGAGGUUUCACAGCCAUGAUCAGAUGAGUCACAGAGGGGGUGUCCCACCGUGGUCCCUCUCACCUCAGCUUCUCUUUUGCACUCUCUGUGCUGGUUUGGACAAUCUCCCACUCCCACUCUGCCCAGCUCAUAUGGGUUCCCAGUCAACACAUUUCAAGUCCCUUUGUGUGCUUCAGAGCUCAUUGCCUGUGAGCUGGGAGAUGGAUUCCUCCUCACCCCACAUCCCAAAGGCUGCAGAGCUGCUCUGAAAUCACACCAGAAAUCGGUACUACCCAGAGCCCAGUGGGCAGAGGUGAGGAGGGGUCACCUCUGCACUUGCCAGGCAGGAAGGACAGGGUGUCCCUGUCAGCUGGGCAGGAGGAUCGUGGUUUAAAGCUGCUCCCCAAAGCAGGGGUCACUGACCAGUGCUGUCAGUCAGUCCUGAACUCAGGGUAACUGAAAGGAGGAGAAAGGAUUAUUAUGAUUUACUGCAGUACCAGGAAAUCAGCGGCCCCCAAGGGAGCCAAGCUGGCAGUUUCUAUUGAUUCUUUUUUUUGCUUUCUUUGUUCCUUUUCAUUUUUCCCCUGCCCACUGUUAUUGCACACAUUGAUUCCCCUGAGGGGUCCCUUUGCAAGGCCCUGGAGAGCUUUGAGUCAGAUUUCCCGUGAGCCUCCAGACUUCAGCUUCUCCCACCAAGAGCCUGUUUUUGCAGUGUUCUGGAGGAGAAGCUGGUUUGUCUGGGCUGGAUCAAAGCCCCUCUCUUCCCUCAUGGCCUCCUGUGCUCCAGCAGCAGCAGGAGAGGGUGGGGAGCAGGAGAGCAUCUCAUGGUAGAGAUGUGAGCUUUGUAAACACCAGUGUCUCAGAAAAGAGGAUCCUUCUCCCUCAAAACCUUCUUGUUCCCUCCCUCCAGGAGGGAAGUUUCCCUUCCACACACCCCAGUCCCAGGUCCAUGUUCAGCCCUGUGGCCCCCAGGAGAACUGAAUAUUUCCUAUGGUGAGGCCAUUUCAGUGGGUGCACAAAGAGCUUUUGCUUCCUGCAAACCAAACUUUCUCCUCUUGGUAAAUUUUAUAGGUAUCCUCCUCUUCAGAAACCUCCACCCUGUAAAGGGCAGAUUUAGUGUCCUGCUGAGUUAGACAAGGGAGAUGCUGGACUUCCCUUUGCUUUGGAGAUUCACACAAAUGGCAGGUGAUGUAUUUUUAGCAUUAUCUCCUUGUCUUGGGGAGGGGAGCCACAUUCUAAAGGCUCAGAGGUGCUGGGAAGUAAAGCUAUAUAUGCAUAAAGACUGUUUCAAUGCUGAACACUAAAUUCAGUGAUGGAUUAAAAGAAAAGAAUGUGAAUAUGCACUUAAUGCAGAAUUUUAUGGAUGGUCCUAAUUUAAUAUAUUGCAAACUUUGUAAAUACUUGGGAAAAGCCUGUAAAGUAUGUAAAUAAAUGAGAUUUGUAUGUAAGAAGAAUAAAAAAGUUUUUAAUUUUUGCAAUUAAAUUCAAGUGUUAAUGACCCUU